AUGACCGAAUCCCCCCCCUUCCCAUCCCCCACCAAAAAAUGGCACACCAAAGCCCAACCCUCCACCUCCCCAACCCGUCCCGAACUCUCAGCCAAAGGCAAAUCCAUAAUCAUCACCGGCGGAGGCAGCACCGGCAUCGGCGGCGAAACGGCCCGCUACUUCGCCGCCGCGGGCGCAUCUCGGAUCGCUCUCCUGGGACGCCGAGAGAAACCCCUUUUAGACAACAAGGUCUUCAUCAACGAGAAAUCUCCUGACGUCGAGGUAUUUACUAUCUGCACGGAUGUUACUAAGAAGAAAGAUGUCGAUGCUGCGUUUGCGCAGUUCGCUGGGAAUGGGAAGAUUAACGUCCUCGUUCAUGCUGCGGCGGUGGUUGGACCUAAAGAGACGGUCGCGGAUGUGAAUGGUGAAGAGUACCUCGCAUGUAUCCAAACAAACGUCGCUGGUUCGUUAUGGGUUGCUCAGGCAUUUCUUCGGCAUGCGGCACCAGAUGCAGUUGCCAUUGCCAUUAACUCAUGGGGUGCGCAUCUCAGUCUCAACGACGCGUUCCCUUCAUACUGCGUCGCCAAGCUAGCUGUAUAUCGUCUCUGGGACACUGUUGCUCUAGCAAACCCGAAUUUGAGCGUUUUCCAUACCCAGCCGGGUGUGAUACUUACGGAGAUGAAUUUAAGUGUUGGCGGUGCGGAGAGCUUUAAGGAUGUUAAGACGGAUGAUGUUUCGCUUCCGGCGAGCUUUAAUGUUUGGCUUACGAGUCCUGAGGCGAGGUUUCUGAGGGGCAAGUUUUUGUGGUGUAAUUGGGAUGUUGAUGAACUUAUGGCUCAGGCUGAGGAAAUUGAAAAGGGGACGAAGUUGAAUAUUGGGCUUGUUGGAUGGCCGUUUGAAAGUGAGAGCUAA